AUGCAGUUUUCCAACUUCCUCAGCAUUGCUGCUAUCUUCACUCUCGCAGCUGCAACUCCCGUCGCAGAACCAGCGGCUUCCCCAAAAGUUGCUUCCCCAUCUCCCCUCGCACUUCACCAGAGACAAGCUUCAAACGCAGGUGUUGAACUCUGCACCGAUGCCGGUUUCACUGGUCGAUGUGUGCACAUUGUGCAGCCAAUUGGCCAAUGUAUUGCACUAAGCUCCGAUCUCAACGAUCUCGUCUCAUCCGUCGGUCCAGACCAAAACGCUGGUGAUUGCCGAUUCUUCUUCGACUUCGGAUGCUCCGACAGCAACGGUUUCCGUCACUUCGAUACUCGCUUCCCAGGUAUCAGUGAUCUUAGCAAAGUGUCUGGCGCCAACGAUGCUAUCUCAUCUUACCAAUGCUUCGGCCCUGGCUCUUAG